AUGUCGACCAUCUCCCGAACGCUGAGCAACCUGUACAAGGUUGGCAUCAAGGAUUACUUCAAGCAGAUGCUGUACAUCGGUGACACCAAGUACGGUCGUCUCGUGGGUACCGACCGCGCCGGCAACAAGUUCUUCGAGAACAACGAGGAAUUGCCGCUACGAACCCGCUGGGUUGAGUACGCCAAGCACGACUACGAUGCCGCCCACAUCGAGCCCGGCUGGCACGCCUGGAUCAGCUACUCCCUCGAUACCCCUCCGACCGAGGACGCGCUGAUCAAGGCCGGCACUCGUCACUUCGAGCCCACCAAGGCCAUUCCCAACUACACCCAGACCCGCGGCGCCUUCAAGACAUACAACACUACCAAGCCCAAGAUUCAGGCUUGGCAGCCCGUGGCAACCCCCCGGGCAUAA